AUGGGUAGCCUUGCACAAUCCGACUUUACCAUCUUGACACCAUGUGCGAUCCUCGGAUAUGGGUUUCGUAGCGACCACUUCUGGCUCGGCGUUGACAAGUACCGGCCGUCUGCCAUCAUUGUUGACGCUGGCAGCACGGACGGGGGUCCCUACAAGCUGGGCCUAAACAAGAUGACAUGCGGCCGGGAAAGCUACAUCAGAGACCUUCGACCGAUGCUACAAGCCUGCUACUACCGCAAAGUGAAGGUGUUGAUAAGUUCGGCCGGUGGCGAUGGGAGCAACGCACACGUCGCCGAGAUGCUGGAAAUCAUUCGCGAAAUUGCAACUACAGAGAAGUUCACGUUCAAAGUCGCCACCAUCACGACGGAUCUUGAUCACGAAACAAUCAAGGCCAAGCUCAAAAAAGCCCAAAUACAUCCAUGUGGUCCUGUACCAGAUCUAACGAUCAACGACAUCGACAACGCGAUUGAGAUCGUUGGCCAGAUGGGAGCUGAGCCGUUUCUCUCAGCGCUACAGAAUGACCCCGACAUAAUUCUCUCGGGUCGAUCUUAUGACCCGGCGCCCUUUGCGGCGUUUUGUCUGCACCAAGGCGUCGACCCCGGCGUGGCGUGGUACCUGGGAAAGAUCAUGGAAUGUGGAGCGUUUUGUGCCUUGCCCAAGGGACGCAUCAUGGUCGGCAGAGUCAGGCAGUCGUCAUUCGACUUGACUCCGGUCUCGCCCUUUGAGCGAUGUACGCCGGUCUCUGUCGCCGCGCACACGCUGUACGAGAAAACGAGGCCCGACCGCCUUCCUGGGCCCGGAGGAGUGCUGAACCUGGACCGAGUCCACUACGAGGCGUUGGAAGACGGCCGCACGGUGCGCGUCUCAGGGGCCAGGUUUGAGCCGAGCGUCACGUACCAGGUCAAGCUCGAGGGCGUCGAGAAACUCGGGCACCGCACCAUCUUCAUCGGGGGCAUUCGCGACCCGAUCCUUAUCUCCCAGAUCGACGAGUUCCUCGAAACCGCCCGGGCGUACACUCGCAAGCUGUUCCCGGAACUCGACCGCGAUCCCAGCUGCCAGCUCAAGUUCCAGGUUUACGGUAAAAACGCAGUCAUGGGGCCUCUGGAACCGAACAACCACCAAGCUCCCGCCGCCGUUCCUUACGAAGUCGGCAUCCUCGGCGAGGUCGUGGCGCCGACGCAGGAAAAAUCGCACGCCGUCGCCAAUAACGUGAGGGCGUCGAUCCUGCACAUGCCUUACCGUAACCAAAUGGCCACGGCGGGCAAUUUCGCUUCGCCUCUGUCGCCGCACGAGCAAGAUGCCGGCGCCGUGUUUCGCUGGAACGUGUACCACCUCAUGGACCUGCAGCGGGGCGAAGAGCUCGCUCUGUUUCCAGUGACGCAUCUCACGAUAGCUGGAUCCGGCAGUGUUGUCUCCGAGCCAGAAUCAACACACUAUUCCGCCGAGGAACUGGAAGAGUUUGUCAAGGGCCGACCUGAGCCGGUGCUGCCCAAGGCCGUUCCGUCCGACGAAGCGGUGCGGAUGAUGGACAUUGCCAAAAUUGUGCGAUCCAAGAACGCAGGCCCGUUCGAGUUGACCCUGGACAUCAUGUUCGACUCCUGGGAGGCAUAUCAGCGCGUCAAGGAGGCCAAUGUCCUUACGAACGACGUCAUCUGCAAGCUGUACCGCGUGCAAGACGACGACAUCCUGACAAACAUGUACUUCGACCCGGCGAUGGCGUGGAAAACAACAAUCAGACGGCCUUGGGAGCAGGGAAGUAUCGGGGAGAGAGACACCCUGGGAACUCAGCAGUACGCGCCGUUAUUGUAUAUCAUGGUACCGCCAAGGGACAAGACGCAGCUAGAGUAA